UGUGGAUCGUAGUACGGUGCAAAGAUGGCAUCAGCGAUUCCGUGAUGGUCGUAUAAGUAUUGAUAACAACCCAGCAAACAAAGGUGAAACAAAUGAUGAUUUUUGCUUACGAUAAACUUGGGAUAAUUGUCACUGAUCGAGUUCCAAUUGGCAGUAGUGUAACCGGGGAUUACUACAAAACAUUCCUUGCCAAAAAAUUGCGACCAGGAAUGUUACAAAAUGGUGUGUCCAUAUUGCACGAUAAUGCGCGGCCGCAUAUCGGAGCACCAGUCGUCGCUCUUUUGGAGAAAUAUGGAUGGGAACGCCUCAAACACCCACCGUAUUCGCCGGAUUUAAGUCCCCCGGACUUUGAUUUAUUUCCAAAACUGAAGGAACCACUUAGAGGGAUCCGUUUUCCUAACUUAGAUAUACUAAAUGAAGAAGUGAGCCGAAGGAUCCGUGAAUUCAACAAAGAUGGCGUCCUAUGCGGCAUUCGAGCGCUCCCGAAACGAUGGCAAUCGUGUAUAGACAAGCAGGGAGAUUAUAUCGAAGGUCUAUAA